AUGUCUGUUCUCAUGAAGAUGAUCACCCUGGCAUUGGCAGUCUGUGCCUUCGCCCUCGAUAUCUCUUACGGUAGCUCGACGGCCACCGUUGUCACUACUAUGACGACUGUCAUAGAGACCAGCCCGUCCGUUUAUUCCUCGACACUAGCUUCCCCCACCAUCAGUCGCCGUUCUGCGCCAACCAUUGGUGAGGCUAUCUGCGGCGCCCUCGACACGGCCUGCCCUCAUGGCAAUAUGUUUGCCGCGGUCAUUCCUACGCCCCCGCCUCUAAUGACUAUUAGCAUUGUGAACCAGGCAGGAGCGCCAAUCUCUACUCUGCACGCAAGUAAUGUUGGUGGGCCUAGUAUUGUCUCUGGGAUUAAUACGACUAUUGGUACUAUGGCUGCCGGUGCCACAGCUGCGAUCGCGGUUCCUACUGGUUGGGCAGGAAAUAUACAGAUCGGGCUUGCCAAGCACAAGCUCACUGGCGACGUCUCGCAAAUCGAGGCGAACUUCGUUAUUCCACCGGACAAUGGCAUCACGCACUAUACGUUUGCGGUGCCUGAUAUCGAUGUAUCCUACGUCAACGGCUAUUCGCUCUCGAUGACUUGCAGCUGUAAUGGGGUCCGGGUCACAGGAUGUACCAAAGACUUGUUUGCUUUGAACAAAUGUCCUAACCAUAACGGUCAAGGAGCUUGUGCGAAUCCCACUCGCCCCUUCUUAGACGUCAAGGUGCCUACUGCUUUCUUCGCUCCUUGUGUCGGCGAGGCUUACACCUUCCCUGACGACGGGAAGGCAAACAGCUUCGGUGAAUGCCAAAAUGGCACAAUUACCUGCUGUGUGGGCAACAAAUGUCCGUAA